CCCCGGAUUGGUGAGGCUGCAGCAUCCCCGGGGAAAAGAGAGGAGGGAUGGAGACCGCCGCUAUCAGCCCAGGAGCACAGCGAGGAGAGAGACAGCCAAGGUGCUGUCAGCUCCAACCCACAGCUCCGGCUCUUUCUGAAGCCCCAGCAGCCAUUCUGCUCAGGACCUUCGCAGCCCAAGGGAGGAAGGCAAAACUCAGGCAGAGGCACUGCAGGAAUCCCAACAGACCCACACACCAUGUUCUACAUGCAUUUGCUCGUGAACAGGCGUGGGCCGCUGGCCAAGAUCUGGCUUGCUGCCCACUGGGAGAAGAAGCUCACCAAGGCUCACAUCUUCGAGUGCAAUUUAGAGACUACCAUUAAAAGGAUCGUUUCGCCAAAGUUUACAAUAGCUCUGCGUACCUCUGGGCACUUACUGCUGGGAGUGGUGCGGAUCUACCACAGGAAAACAAAAUACCUCCUGGCAGACUGCAGUGAAGCUCUGACGAAAAUGAAGACGGCCUUUCGUCCAGGACUUGUUGACCUCCCAGAAGAGAGCUGUGAGGCUGCUUAUCAGUCCAUUACAUUGCCUGAAGAAUUUCAUGAUUUUGAAACAACGCUACCUGAUCUAAAUGCCAUUGAUGUUGCUGAGCAUUUUACCUUGAAUCAGAGCAGAGCUGAAGACAUCACACUUAAAGAGGAUUAUGAAAGCGAUGUACUUCUCUGUGAUAGGAGCUUUGAUGAGGAAUCAGAUGCGCUGAGGAAACAGAGCUGCUUCGAUGCGAGCCUCCUGAGGAGCAGCUGCAGCCUCGUGGCCGAUCGCAGCUCUGCAAGCGUGAGUGGAGACCAGGCUGCUGUGCGUGAGGGCUGGCGCCGCUGGGAGCAGGACUGCUUCGGGGAUGAGGAGGCUGGUGCAGACAUGAUUGAAAUCCUGCUGAGGGAUGAACAAAAUAGCCUAACUAAUGGCAUUCUUGAUAUGGAAGAAGAACUUCCUUUGUCACACGACCUGCAGGAGAGCAGCACAGCAGCCAAUUCCAAGCAUGCAGACACUGCAGUGAAGACAGAAGGUCAUCUCAUGAACGAAACAAUGCUUUUGCCUAAAGAAGAAGAAGGGUUUGUGCUUGAGCCAGUUGAUGAUACAGAUUUCAACCAGAGGAAAAGCAAUAAAAGGAAGAGGAAGUUGCUUGUGGAUGCAGACAAGGAGCUCAGCUGCCAUGCCAUAUACCACCAGCUUAACAACAGCCUGGGCACCCUUGUUGCUUUAGACCUCGCACCUCCAACUAAACAAACAAUGAUGUGGAAAGAAUCAGGAGGAGUGGAAACACUCCUGUCCCAGCCUGCACAGCUUUUGUUUCAUGCUGAGCUACAAAUGUUCUUUGCAAAAUGCUUCAAGAGAGGUAGAUUUGAAAUGAGAAGAAAUGUAACACAGAUGGAGACAGAAGAAGCAAAGGAGGAGCAAGAUGCCACAGAGGUGCUGAUAACAGAUGAGUCGAGUUACCUGCAGGAGUUGGACUGCUCUGAGGCUGAGGGAAAAACUGGCAAUGAUUUGUUUGCCCUGGCAGCAUGGAAUAGCAGCAAUGGAACUGUGAAUGGCUUUGGUGAAACCCUGCAGGAUGAAGCUGCUUUCUCUGAGAGCUCCGUGCUGGUGAAUAAUUCAACGGGCCGAGAAGCUCCAGUGCAGCAAGCUGAGAUAACACACGAGCGAGAAAUGGAAAAUAAAGACAAUGAAGAGGUUCAGUGGAGCAAAAGAACUCUUCAGGUGUUAAAAACCUUACAGGUAACACUGCUGGAUUUUGAAACUAGAAGCCCAAACCAGGUAUUGAUUUCUAUUGGGCUGUUUCAGAAAACCUCCUGCUUCCACUGCGUAGCAUCACUGUGUGUCAUAUGCAGAGUGUAACUGCAUUUUGUGGGGUGUUGGUGGAGGAAGCCAGGAUUCUCAGUGCCUGACAUCACGUUCACUCUCCCACAGCUGCUGGAAUUGCUGUGGAAUUGGACUGGAAAUGCUCUGCACUUUUGUUUGCAGUGCUUGCUGUAGCACUGCUAUUUUGUUCUCUCCAGCAUCCCCACAAAGGCCAACUUCCAAGCACCUGCAGGCUUGCAGGAUCGCAGGGUGCCUUCAUUUGACUGCUCAGCUGCUGGAGCUCUUCCUGAGAUGAAGGCUAUGGAAAAGCGUGGUGGUUGUGCUGCAGAUGGUCACCCCUUCUCUAAAAGGUUUUAAUGCCCCAAGGCUUUCAAGAUGCUUCAACACGAGCAAGGCAGGCAGGGCUUAUCCUGCCUUCCUUGCAGAAAGAACUUCGGGGCUGGUGGAGCUGUGUGAUGCCACAUGCUGUGCUCCCACCAGCAGGAACGUGGCAGGCAGCCUGGGCUGUCCCAGCACUCAGUGUCCAAGCCCUCACUGGGUCACCUCAUUGCUGAGCUUCUGCCAAAGCAAAGCUCACCAAACCCUGCUCCCAAGCCUGGCUUUUCCCCACUGCCUGAGUUUGGCUCCGCAGCCUUCUUGGUUGUUUAAUGAUGUGAACAUCUUUAAAAGGUUCUGUGCAACACCCAUAAAGAACUCCGUAUGUAUAUGUGCAGCCAUUAAAAACCAAGCAACAAUAGGGAUGAGUUAGCUGGAACCGGAAUUGCCUGUGGUGUGGCUGGUGUUCUGCAUCCCAAGAACAGGGCAUGCAGUGACUUUGAUUGCUUUGCAUCACGAAAACCAUUACAGGUAGGCUUCCUCGUGGGCUCCAGUGCUGUUUCACUGAGUUCAGUGGAGCUGUGGGCAUGUGUAGAUGUUAGUAACAUACGUAGGUGCCAGCAGUACUACAGCAAUCGAAUGUGAAGAGCCACUGUGUGAAUGUAAAUGCCUGCUAAGGCCCUGUUCAAGGCCUGCAGGCAGGAAAUAGUGGUUCUGAGCAGCACUGUUCAAUCCAGACUUACUGAGCUCUGCUUUUCCAUGACCCGACUGCUUCUCUUUUUUCUCUCCUGCAGCACCUGAACAAAUCUGGAGUGAAUUCCUUCAGCUUCCGGGAGCUCUGUCAGAAGAAUAACCGGAAAGAAGUGGCAGUGAAGUUUUACAUCUUCCUUGUCCUGCAGAAGCAGAUGGUCG